ACCUGGAUGGGGUGCUUCAUGAAGGAUACUGCCACUUGUGAAGCACUAUAUUUUGCUGGGGUGCCAGUCUGGCUCAUACAUACUGAGGCAUACAUCUCCCCUGAUAUGAAUAUCAAGGAGCCUGUGAGAUUGACAUGCCCUGAAGACAUAGUGAAAGCAAUGUAUUUGGAAAAGGGGGUAGCUAAGUCAUUCCCAUUGAUCUACCAUGCUCCUGGUGGUCUCCUGCACCACAUUCACACUUGCAGG